GAGAAGUCCUUUAGAUGUGCAUUUGCACAUCUGUGUCAGCAGUGUUGAUCUUAAUGGGGUUGAGAAAGAGUGACAGUUCAGUCAGUUUGAGCCAAUAUUAUUUUAUCAAUGGGCUGAAAGGGGCGUUUCCUCCUGAUCGUCAUAUUUAAAUAAAUACCCAGUAAGCCAAUGAGCGUGUGUGUGGGCGUGGUCUGUGUGGUGUGCCUGUGUGCAGUGUGAGCUGGAGCUCUGUUUCAGUGCUGGAGCGCUGGGAGGAGGAUAUCUGUGUGGAUUCUGCUGGUUCUGAAGAUCUCCAGGGUUCAGAAGUUCUGCUAUGGAUGUGUAAGGGUUCUACAGGGGCUGCAGAACCGAGUCUGGACCGGGUUCUGGCUGGGAGAGAGGCUGGGAGGAUGGUGCUGGGUUCGGAUGGCCCGGUUCUGUUCAGGAGAAGCUGGUAGAGCGGUGGAAGUGACCGAGGUCUCACAGAUGGAUCGGAACCCCAGCCUGGUCCACAUCUGGCUGCAGCUGGAGCUGUGCGCUAUGGCCGUGCUGCUGACCAGAGGAGAAAUCCGGUGUUACUGUGAUGCUCCUCACUGCGUGGCUACAGGUUACAUGUGUAAAUCAGAGCUGAACGCCUGCUUCACCCGAGUCCUGGACCCCCAGAGCACCAAAUCCCCCCUGUCCCACGGCUGCUACGACCCCCUGCUGAACUCGGGCAGCGUGUGCCGGUCUGAGUCCACCUACGACGUCCCCGCCGGCCUGGAGUGCUGCCAUGAAGACAUGUGCAAUUACAGAGGCCUGCAGGAGCUCAGCUACAGCCGGGGGGACGGCCUGGAUCGCAGGAGUCGUCCACAGCCAGGAAGUGGUCAUCACCUGGUAGCCCGGGUGCAGGAAAUCCCCUCGGCUAAGGAGGUGUGGUUCCGGGCAGCGGUCAUCGCCGUGCCGAUCGCCGGCGGCCUGAUCCUGGUGCUGCUGGUGAUGCUGGCGGUGCGGAUGCUGCGCAGCGAGAGCCGGCGGCUGAGGCAGCAGCGCAGCGAGAUGCUCUCCCGGCUGCAGUACAGCCUGCACGGCCAGCAGCUCGCCAAGGGCCGCGGCUCCGCCAAGCUGGACCUGGAGUGCAUGGUGCCGCUGGGGGGCCACGAAAACUGCUGCCUGACCUGCGACAAGAUCCGGCAGUCGGACCUGAGCGGCCAGAGACUGCUGUCCCUCGUCCACUGGGGGCGCUACAGCGGCCGGGGCAAGCUGGAGUUCGUCUGAUUUUAGAGGAUUUUUUUUUGUCCACUUCCUGUGACUCGUUUUCUCAUUUUUUGACUUUGCCUUCUAAAGGACAGGACUGCAUAAAAAAACAAAAAAACAGGAGAAAAACUACGAAAAAAGGACACUUGAAACCACCUGAACCACCUGGAUGCUGCUGUGGGGAAGCACUUUACUUGAAUAUGACGUUAGCAUAGUUAGAGGUGGACGUGGUUCACGUUCAUACGACUGGUGUGUGCUAAUGCUAAUGCUAAUGACUGAAGGAUUCCAAAUAAAACGGAAAACAAAACGAAAAAAGAAAAAAAUAACUGAAAAAAGAGAGACGUUUUGUUCCAAUUUGCACUUUUGUACAAAAAGAAAAGAAAAAAGGUUGAACUGCUUUAAGUUUUUAUGUCUAGAAAAGCACAUUUCUACAGACUUUACAAAAAGGGGCGUGGCUCCUCGGUAAACAAGAGCGAUGGACUUAACGACUGUUGAGUGUUGCUUUCUUCUUAAAAUUGAUCCCUGUAAAGAUUUGCUGGUGUAAAUAUUACAUGUCUGACAAGAAAUCAGAACUCUGGUGUUGUCUGAUUAUUUUAUAAGGUUAAAACAAAAACAGUAAUUUAUAAUUUUGUCCAUUUCUGCAACAUAUCAGGGACGAUUUCAGCUUCAUUUCUAUAGAACAGAAGGGAUUUGAGUGAUCAUUGAUAUUGACAGACUUGCUGGUUGACUAGCAUAACUUUUAAACUUUGUGAAAAUAGUGAAAUAAAUACAGCUCUGGACAAAAACAGGAGAGCACUUAAAA